AUGAAAACGUCCUGCUCUCACAUGCUGGACUGUGACGACCAGCUAGCCGGCGACAAGGAUGCGAGGAGGACUCGCAGCCAGCUGGAGAAGAGACGCAGGGACAAGAUGAACAGCUUCAUAGACGAGAUGGCAUCAUUAGUGCCCACAUGCAAAACUAAAUCAGGCAAACUGGACAAACUGUCGGUGCUGGGGAUGGCAGUUCAGCACAUGAAGAUGCUACGAGGUUCUGCUGCCAAUUGUUGCACAGAAGUUCAUCACAAACCUGCGUUCUUAUCAGACGAAGAGCUCAAACACUUAAUACUGAGGGCAGCUGAUGGCUUCCUGUUUGUCGUUGACUGUGAACAAGGGAAGAUACAGUUUGUUUCUGAAUCUGUACACAAGAUCCUAAAGUACAGCCAGAAUGAGCUGAUUGGAAAGAGCCUCUUUGAUUACCUGCAUCCUAAAGACAUCGGCAAAAUCAUCGAGCAGCUGUCCUCAGCAGACGCUGCCCCGCAAGACAUCGACAUCGAUGGAAAAAGUAAUCCGUGUUUUCCAGGCGACCUUUUAGUGAAGACGGACAUCAGCCCGGGCUCUUUAGGAUUUUCUUCGGGGAAGAGACGUUCGUUUUUCUGCAGGAUGAAGUGCAACAGAA